CAAAAUUAUGAGGCCCAAGGCAAUAGCGUAGUUUGCCUUGGGCCAAGGCCGGCAUUGCAUUUUGUUUUACCCUUUUAGAAAGUUUUAGUUUUAAAAGCCAAAUAAAUGAUGAAUGAAAUUGAUUUGUUAAUUGGCUUAUAUCUUUUCAUAGGAGGAUGGAAGCUAGAUUUUAUGUUACUGAAUGUCGGAUAACCUGUAGAAUACUGAACUUUGGCAUGAUUCUCGCAGUAUCUAUUUUCUGGCUGUAGGUUGCUAAUUAUUGUUCCCAUUUUGUGGAGUUGGAUUUUCUUUCGUUAUUAUGUUUUGUCAUUGUUUGGGUAUUGGGUUUCAGCAACUACAUUUUCUUGUACCUUUUUGUUCCGCGACAUGUUGUAAGGGUUUAAACAUUGUUCAUUUUUGUCAUCCUCUAGAUACUGAUGUACUUCUUUGGAAGUUGUGCAAAUGUUUUGAAAGAAGCACAAGUCAAGUUCUAGAUAUUCAAUUUGGAGAUUCUCAUACAUGUCUGAAACUGUUGAGUCUUCCUAUUACUCGCUUAUUACUCCCUCUCUGCAAUUUUAUGAUAUGCAGUAGCAGACAUGGUUCACAAAAACCUUAAAGACUUUGUAUACUUCCAGUAUCCUUUUGUUAUUUAUUGGCAUAUAGUACAAAAGCCUUCUUAUCAAAAGAAUAAAAGGUAAAUACAAGGUAGACGAAAUCUUCCGAAAAUUGAAAUAAGAACAAGAGAGAAUGUGUCAAAUAAGAAAGUGCUAUACAUUUUUUGCGAGAGUGCACAUGUUGUGUAACUACAACAUAGGAACAUCUCUCCAUGUUCUUAUCCUAAUAGUGAUUAAAGAAUAACUAAGAUAUACAAAAUGGAGCAACUAAUUUUCUUUGGAAGGAAAGAAGGGGAGCAUCCAGAAUCUGAGAUGUUACCUGAUAUAAUCUUCCUACAUUAAAACUCGUUAUAUUUGCUUGUAGUGCUUUAGUAAACUCUGCAAGUAAAAAAUGAGAUACAUGAACCAUUAGCGUAGACAUCAGUUAGCUUAGAAAUUUUCCUCCCUUUCUUUAUUCCCCUAUUUCUAUCUUAAACCAGUGGUGCCUCAGGAUAUGAAUAGGCUGACAACUAUAAUCAACAUAUUUUUCUACAUGGGGUGCAUGUGCAUGUGCUUGUUUAUGAUAUGGAACAAGCAUUGAAAGACAUAAAUUACAACUCAUUGCUACCCUAAAUUUACGAAUUAGCUUGGGUAGAUAACCAUGGCUAUCUCAAUGGACACUUUAACUUACUAUAAAGAUCAGCUUGAUACAGAGAUCAUUUACUGGACAAUCUCAAUCUUUUUGUGCAAUAAAAGUAAAUGGUUUAAAAUACAAUCCCUUCAACCUUAAAAUCACUAGCAAAUUACAAUAUAUAAAAAUGUGUCAUGAUUUUUUAAUAGGCCGACUUUUAUACCUGAAUUUACUUCCUGCACGCAUUGCUGCAUAUUCAGAUGGACAUGUGAAUAUCUUUGAGCUUCUAGAUCCACUUGAAUUGGAGAAGUGGCGACUGCAGGUAUUUUCUUCGUUUGUUGUUUUAUUUUAAUGUGUAAUGUUGCUGCUUAACAGAAGCAUCUGUUGGCAUACCUGUGUAAACUGGAGAUGAAGUGUUGUUGUCGAAUAUAAGCACUUCAGACAUGUUUUUCACAAGUCCAAAACGUAACGGGAAGCAUGUUUUUCAUCCUGACUUCACCAAUUAGCUCCCAUAGUACUUAAAUGCCAGGCUGAAUUUAAAAAUGUAAUUCAUUCGGUCUCUAAGCUUGGGAAUGCUUCAUGCUCGUCUGCGUCCAUCUCUUGGAAUCCACAAAGAGUUGAAGUCCAGCAGUCAAGCUUUAUCUUGGGCUUCAGCGCGAAUCCCCCCUUCGUAAUUCCUCCAAGGUGGGGCAGAUGGAAUGGGACACUGGCUUCUACUGGGAGUGAUGGCGUCGUCAAGUUUAAACGGCGUUUGACAUUCUCAAAUUUUCCAGAAUCGGAGAAAUCAUACGAUUCCCGUAUUCAUCAAACCCACAAGAAAUCAUGGUGCGAAGAAAAGUAGAAAUCAAGGCAAUCGAGAACGUAUCAAAGAGGCACACAACUUUCACAAAGAGACGCCAAGGCCUUUUCAAGAAAGCCAAAGAUCUGUGCACAAAGUGUGAAGCAGAAGCGACAGUAAUCACUGUCUCCAAGGCUGGAAACAUCUUUGCUUUUGGGCACCCGGCCGUCGACCCGGUGGUGAAUCGGUACCUUUCCUAUGGUAAUGGUGAUGAACGCGUGCAUGGUGGAAAUCGGAUGGCGGCGAUGGAGGAGGAGAUGCUAUCACUGUCGAAGGCUGAGCGGAAGGUUCAGACGGUGAUGGGGAAGGGGAGGCAGGAAUGGGAUUUGGCGAUUGGGGAUUUAGAGAUUAAUGAACUUGAUGAAAUGGAGAUGGUGAUUCGAGAUAUUAAAAGAAUUGCAGCAGCGCGUUCUAUGGAGAUUGUGGCUGGCGGCGGCAAGGAUCAAGAAGUUAAGUGUUUUGGGAAGGAUUCAAUCGUGCCUUAUCGUAGAAGUCAGGAUUUGGUGGCAUGCAUGUAACAGAUGAUCUACUUCUAAAAGAGGUCGAAGAAUUUCUUACACAAACAUAGAGGAUGAAGCUAAUAUUGUGGUGAUUGGUCUUAAUUUGCCUCUUUUUGCUACUCAGUACUCUCCAGUACACAAUAUUAUUCCAAGAACGAGAAUGCUUGUAAAAUAGAAUUUAGUUAUUGUGCUUAGCAAGAUGAAAAAAUUCGGAUUAACAAGCUACAGUAACGUUGUAGAAUCAACUUGUCAUUCUUCUUAAAUUUCUUGUGGCACCACUUCUUGAUUACUUGAAAUUCUACCAUACUUUUUCACGUUUUU